AUGUCUUGCGAACACGAACAUCAUCAUGGCUCUGGUAGCCACGGCAACCACAAUCAUGAUCAUGAUCAUGAUCAUGUCGCACCUAUCCCUACCUCAUCAUCCCAAUCGCUCAAUUCCAAAAUCGACACGUUUAAAGUGUCAGCACUAAACAUGGCAAAUCAACCCGAUGACCUUGCAAAAAUAUUCAAGACUCCAGAUAAAAAAUAUGAGAUUCGCCCAACCAUUAAAUCUGAUUGUGACGAGCAGCUAAUUAUUAAUAUCCCCUUCUUAAAUGGCAGUGUCAAAUUGUACUCAUUAAUACUUCGCACCAAUGGCAGUUCCUACUGCCCCAAAACAAUCAGACUAUUCAAAAACGACAAGAUGAUUGAUUUUGAUAAUAUUGAACUGAAGAAACCAGUGCAAACGAUCACCCACCCUCAAGUGGGAGUUGCUGAUGACGUUGACGAAUCUGAGGAUAUCGUUGAAUCUGACAAUGAUUUUGUGGAGCAUUUCCUUCAGCGACACAAGUUUACUGGUGUGCAACAGUUGACAAUUUUUAUUGCCGACAUAUACGAUGAAAGUGAGGAUCAAUGUCGUAUCCAUUCAAUCGAGUUGAGAGGAGAGUUUACCGAAUUGAAUAAAGAUCCAGUGAUUACGAUUUACGAACUGGCUGCCAAUCCAGCAGAUCAUAAGAACUUGACAGCAGCAGAGCAUCAAAAUAACAUUCAAUUUGGUGGUUGA